AUGAUGUGGCUCGCCGGCUUUGAGGGACGUUUGUUUCUACUGUAUAUAACGGGUUCUUCUCUUCGGCGCCGAAGAAUGGGAUUGCUGGAAGUUCUCACGGGGAUGGCCGCUGUGUCAGCUGUAGCCUUUGACAGUUGGGACGGCUUCAAUGGUGUCGCCCGGGUCACCAAUGCUGCGCACGAGGUCCUGUUCCAGAAGCAGUAUGGCUUCUUGAACAUCCCUUACAAAGACCCCAUGCCGGCUGAUGCCAUUUUCCCGGUGGCCUCCAACACGAAGCUCUACGUGGCCGUGGCUUUGUAUCAACUGCAGGAGGCCGGAAAAGUGGAUCUCAAUGCCUCCAUCGCCGACUAUUUGAACGCCAGAGACUUUGAGAGCUUCGGGAUGAAGGGAACAAGCAAGUAUUGUCCCAAAGCUCCAGGAUCUUCAAAGUGUCAGGUGGUACGCUUUGUGGACCUGCUUGCGAUGUCCUCGGGUAUCCCCAACGCUCCCUUCCGCGACUAUUUCCUGCCCUAUGCGGGCUCCAUCGGUCUGACGGUGAAGCUCUUUAUCAACCAAGACUUGCUCUUUGUUCCGGGCACGGAGUACUAUUACAGCAAUAGUGCCUUCGUUCUCGCAGGGUAUUUCGUGGAGAGGCUCUCUGGAAAGUCGCUCAGGGAGUAUUUGCAGAAGCACAUCAUCAGUGUGGUGGGGCAGAGCUCGACGGAGUACGACCCCUAUGACUACCAACUGAGCAUGGCAGGAGAUCGCAGGAAGAGGGUCUAUGAAUACUACCAAUACCGCGACCCCAAGACCCAUGAAAUCUAUGCCACCGGUGAAUGUCGUGAUGAGUUCGAUCUUGGCACAGGGAAUGGUUGCGGUGGCGUGCUUUCGACAGCGGCGGAUGAGCAGCUCUUCUACUACACGCUGUUCAACUUCUCCAAAGAUGCCAUGGGGAAACCCCUGCUGCAAGAUCCACGCUCCUUGAUCGAUCUCGUGCGUCCGCGCAUGCCCAGCAACCCGGAGCAGAAGGGCGGCUUCUGGUAUGCCCAAGGCGUGGCAUCCCUUUGCAAGUCAACCAACAUUGACCGCCACGGCUGUGAUGUCAUUCCGGACAUCAUCGGCUAUGAAGGCGGGUUGAUGUGCGUUUUUACGGCCAACCUCUUGGACCUGCGCGAGCAUCCGGCCGUGAUGACCAGUGUCUACAGUAGCACGGUGGUGUUUGAUGUGAAGGAGGCCCGAGUGAAGAAGAUGCAAGACAGCAAGACAGGCGACUUCCUGAAAGCGACUGAAAGGUGGCCCAGGCAGAUGGAAGUGACAAGGAUGGCCUGGAAACUGCAUGACCAGGUCCUGAACAAGAGCAAGGAACGGAAGGGGAAGGUCAGAGGCAUUAUCAUCCCUUAGUUCUGAUCUACCGUAAAAGCAAAGUCAGUAUUUCAAUUUUUGUCAAUAUACAUUGGCCAUUGGCCUCAGCUUUGGGUUUGGGGGCCUCGAGAGAAGGGACUUGAAUGCGAC